AUGGGUCAGACGGUCCCAGAACAAGUCCCCAACGUGAAGAGAGUCCAUUUCCCAGACGGUCACACUGCCGACAGUGCCACACCAGUCGAGGACUUCUUGUUCAAAAGGGCCAAUUCCUCGAACAAGUCCAGUGUACAUGGAGAGUCUGGUAUGCAAGCCAGCAUCCUCAAGCAGACCACCAAGAAACAAGAAAAGCCAAAGACAAAAGAGCCACUUGUGGAAAACGCCCGGAGAAAAUAUGCCUUACGCCGCACUGCCCGUCGACCUGCCAGAGAACUAAGCUUUGCCGAUCCUCUUAUGAGAUCAGGGCGCCCAUCACCACCACGACCUGAGGAGAUGCUUACAGAAGAGUCUCUACAACUCCAUCGCUCCUUUAGCGGCUUCAGCCUUCGGACUUUACCAACGCUACCAAGAGGAUCAGGCGUACCCAGGUUAUCAACACAAGCCGGUGCACCAAGCGCAUUCAAGUCACCAACAAAAGCUGGAGCACCAAGCGUACCCAUAUUGCCAACACAAGCAAGAGUAGCGAUUCUACCCAAGAAACCUGUAGAACAGGGCAGGCCAGACAAGGAAGUAACAGUUGCAGCACCUCCACCACCUCCGCCUCCACCGCCUCCACGCCACGAGUCCGAGGUUCUCAGUUCUAAUCUUUCCGCUUCAACAGAAGCAAGGUUUCGGAUUCCCAAGGAUCUGUUUAUCUCCCCCAACUUUCCUGAGUCAAUACGACGAUUAGAAACACUAAUUUCAGGUCGCGAGGAUCUCGUCGUCUCUCCCAACCUUCCCGCGUCACUGCUACAGAUCGAAGCAUCACCUCCACUCCCAGGAGCCGUAUUUCCCAACCGCAGACUUCCUCUACUGCCUAAUCAAGCAGGAGAAUCAGGUGUAGCUAAACCUUUGGAAGGAGAAGCCAGGGAAUACAUUGCACUAGCACCUUUCCAACCCGAAGCCGCGUUAUCGUCUCACAACCUUCCCCCGCUGUCAGCAAAUCUAGGAGAUCUACUUCCACGCCGCCAUGUCUUCAACCUCAGGCCUAUUCUUCCCAAGCCACCAACGCAAGAGGGAGCACCAGAUGUGACCGGCCAAUCAGGCGGACCCGUAGCAGGAAGAGGAGCACUACGUGCAGCCAGUGAACCCGUCAGACCCGCGAAGGGAAGAGGACGAGGGCGAGGACGAGGAAGAGGAAGACCCAAAAAAGCACCUACACCAUUACCUCUCUGCAACAAAACUAUCUUUCCACCACCAGCACAACCAAUAGAGCCGCGUAUAAAUCUCGCUAUCCCUGUUCCCAGCCUCGGUCUUCCCACGCUAUCAGUACGAGCCGGAGCAUCACGCAUCUUCACUGAGCUCUUUAACUGCGUUUCGCAUAUGGAAGAUGUCAGAUCGGUGCCAGACGAACCAAGGGAGUCAGAUGGAGAUAGACUCGAGCGACCUUCCGCCGCCGCCGCCAACCAACCGCCUCCUUCUCCUCCAGCGAUAUCUUCUUUACCACCUCCCGUCACCCCACCUCCGCCUCAAGGUCCUCCCAUUCACAUCUCCUUAGCAUCACCUUCCUCCAUAUCCCCAUCGCGAUCACCUCCCGCCCAAGCUAUCUCCAGUCCCCCCAUCUCCAUCCCUUCCACCUCCUCUUUCCCGUCUUCCUCUCCAUCGCCAUCCCCAUCCCCCACCACACGCCAGCUCGCGGCGUUCGCAGAGUCCAUUGUACACUCUAUUUCAACGCUGCCCGUCCUAACCUUCCCUCCUUUUCCCUCCACCCUCGCUCCGCGAGCCCUCCUACACUUCCACACCGGCGCUGUCAUCGCAGUCGAGAAUAUCCUAGAAGACUAUAACGUCACGCCCGACUUUUCCCUCCUUGAUCUCAUUGAGGACCUGGAGGAGAAUCGCCCGAUGAUAUAUGAUUGGGAGCAUGUUACUGUUAUGAGUGGCGGGGAUUGGGUGUAUGGAGUGCUGAGGAAGGUGUGGCGGGUGUGGGGGGCGAGGGUGGAUGUUGAGGAGGUUGUCCAGACGUUGAUGGAAUGGGUGGAUGGGGAGUUUGAGAGGUUAGGGGGGAUUAGGAAGGAGUAGGUGGUUGACUUGUUUUUUUUUCGGUUUCACUUUUUCUUG